UAGAGUAUAUUAAGCUGUAAAAACAAGCUAACUACCAUAUACAGUAGUUAUACAGAUCAUUGCAGAAAUGAACAUUCAAGCUGUUCUCGUCGUAGCUUUCGUUUCAGUCAUUGCCCAAGCAGUGGCUCACGAGAGCAUUUGGCAGUCGAAAGUCAGGUCCUCUUCCUUGGGCAGCGGCCUCAGCAUCUAUGAUGGUAAAAACACCACCAUCGAGAAACAUCCCUAUCUGGUUGCCAUUUGGUUGAAAGGGAAUUUUCGAUGCGCGGGAACAAUCAUCAACAAUAAAUGGGUUGUGACAUUAGCCGCUUGUGUUUUCGGUUUUAAACCCUCAGACAUAACAGUGGUGGCCGGAAGUAAUGACGGUAAGUCGGGCGUGACUCUUGGUGGCAAGACUUUGUUCUUCUAUCCCAGUUACGCCCUAUCUGAAGACUACAACUACGUCUGUAUUCAGCUCAACGGCACCUUCAAGUGGUCUCACAAGAUCAGACCCGUCAAGCUACCUAUUGAGGCACCCAAGGUCAACACUAACAUGGUGGUCGCUGGUUGGGGAAAAGACGCAUGGAACGCAUCUAAUGCAUCUGGGAGGGUACUACGACAAGGAAUAAUGAAGUGGGUUUCUGUGUCAGUGUGCAAAGCUCUCUAACCCAAUUAAAUGGACACCUAGGAUGGCCUGUGCCUACAACAAGGGAAAGACAACGCUUUGUUUGGAAGAUUUUGGCGACCCAUUUGUAUACAAUGGUGUGUUCUACGGACAGUUUGCGGAUGGCACCAUGAGAAACCCCUGCAGUGCCAAGUCAGACCCCGUCAUUGUUGCUGACAUCGUCCCAGUUUCUACAUGGAUCAGUAUAGUCACUGGUUAAAAAAUAACGAUUUAUAUGAUUUCCAUAAAAACUGCAUGUGAUAAUUCUGUAUUUAUCAAUAACUUUUUAGGCUAUUACGACAGUUACGUAAUGUGUGUCACUUUAAGUUAUUUAGAAUCUUUACUCAACAUUACAAAAGUAGUGCUAUUGUUGUUUAUGAAAUACAUUCCUGGGAUAGUAAGAAAUUUGUACAUAUUUUGUUUUCUAUCAUUUAUAUUACUGUGUGAAUUCUUCAAUCACCUACAUUUGAUGAAAAAAUUACCACAUAAUAUAAUGACAAACCGUUUUAAGUUUCUAGUGGCAUCAGCUAAAAAUUGUAAAAGUGCAUUUUGAAGAAAAACAUUACGAAAUAUUUAUUACAUUUAAAUUACUGUUAGAAGCUUGCAACACAUUUUACUUUAUCAAAUAUUUGAAAAAGCGAAAUUUUGCCAUCGUACUAAAAUAGCCACUUGAUUAGUUUUCGUUUGUGCUGAGUUUCAAGAAUUCACAUAACAUUCCUAGAACAUAAAUUUACGUAUAAUUUAUUUUGUGAUUACUACAUGUUGCAAAUAAUAAAUUCGACUUUACUUAGGGAGUAUACGUAAUAUGCAAAAUAUAUAUUUUUAUUACUA